GUUUACUCUACUACUGAAUCGCCAUCUUACGUUUAGAGUACGUUUUCAGCAGUUUAUAGUAGAUUGUUUUUGAGCAGUUACAACGACUAAUAAUUAUCACCAUUCGAGAAAGUGUAAAUUAUUUUUGAAAAUUGAACAUAACUAUUGAAAAUUUAAAUCGUCAUCAUGGAUGACCUACAAAAUUAUAAGCUACAACUCCAACAAGUUGAAGCGGCACUUACUACGGACCCAACCAAUGAAGAAUUGCUUAAAUUGAAAAUCGAUUUGGAGGAGGUCAUUGAACUGACACAUGAUUUAAUUAAGUCACAACAACAAGAGAAAAGACAGUCCAAUGGAAUGGAUGCGAAAGAUCCAAUUUUGUUAGCUGUUUUAGCAAAUAAAUGGAAAAUUGGUGAUCAAUGUAUGGCACCAUGGAGCGAAGAUGGAAAAUACUACGAAGCAACGAUAGAUGCUAUAAGUGAAGAGGGAGUUGUUAACGUAACUUUCAACGAAUAUAAAAAUACUGAUGUAACAAUGUUGAGCCAACUAAAAUCUGCAGCUAAGAGACCUGCAUCCGAUUGGGCUGAUCAAAAAUCCAAAAAAAUGCAAGCUGCUGCAGUGGCUGGUUCAGAUCCAAACAAACAGCGCGAGUAUCUUAAGAAAAAGAAGCAGAAGAAACUUCAGCGUUUCAAGGAAUUGGAAGAGGAGCGCGAAAUGGAGAAAAAUAAAUGGUUGGCAUUCACGACUAAGUCUUCGAAGAAGGGCGUUGUAAAGAAGAGCAUAUUUGCUACACCCGAAAAUGUAAACGGUCGAGUUGGAAUCGGUACUUGCGGUGUAAGCGGACGAGAAAUGACAAAGUUUAGUAACGGCGAGAAAUGGCGCCGAGGCACUUAAAUAAGUAAAAAUAGUGUAUACAUAAAAAAACUCUUGCUCGUCCAAGUUAUAAAUUAAGCCGGGAUGCCGUCAAAGAUGUGGAGGAUGGCAGACAUUUCGCGUUGCUACAAAGAGUAGAAACUACCGACUAAGCUGGGACGAAUUUCUCGUGCAAAAUGUCGAUGAUGAGGACGACAACGCCGAAUCCUCAAAAAAUCAAAGGAAGCAAGCGGAUGAGAACGAAGAAUAAUGUGUAAAACUGACCUUUACAAAACUCCCAAGUUUCUUUGGAUUUUUCUAUAUUCAUGCGCAAUGGUAGUUGUGCAGAUAGAUGAAAUAGCUGCAAACAAAAUGGUGGGUUUUAGAUUAUAAUUAUGAAACGUUAAGAAUGAUUUGUACGUAACGAAUUAUUCGUACAAAUAAAUGUAUAUUUUAAGGCCAAUUUGUCAUGUAGUUCUUUGGUGUUUAUUAUAGAAUUUUAAUUAUGAAGAUAUACCACUUGAAAACUUAUCAUGCAAGUACUCCGUUUUCUUUAAUGAUACUAAACAAAUGUUUGCGACACGUGAUAAUGGGUACAGAAAGAGGAAUACUGUGUAGAUCAAAAGUUUUUUAAAAGAUAUUUUCCGUGAGUCUUUGAACGCAUGAAAUUCUAAAUCAUGGAUUUUGUUUUUUUCCUAUUGUAUACAGAGAUUCACGAGAGAUGACAGUAUGCCAUCUAAAUUACAAUCACUCUAGAUGUCUGAAAAAAAUAUUCUUUAAGAAAUAAUACCGAUGCUCAGGGAGAUCGCUUUAACAUUUAUUUAUAAUACAUUAAUUUUUAAAUAUAAUUUAUAUGUUUUAAAGUGAAAAUUAAAAUUUAAUACGUAGUUCAAGCGAACUACAAUGCACAGAUUACUUUGGAUAUUACGCAUAAUUUCUCGUCUUUACUUUUCGACAAAUUUCUUGAUAGAAUUGAAAUUAUUAUAAGACAAUGUUGGCAAACAAUACUUUAUUAUGCAUUAAAUGACAAUUUGCAAGAAGUAUUGAGUUCCUUCAAUAAACACUAUUUAUUAAUACAUUGAAUAGAAUAGGAAUUAUCUUGAAAAUUGGCCUUCCUUGUACCUAUAUUAUUUUAGUAUAAUCCGAUGGGAUAAAUUGUUAUCAUUUUAAUACAGAAGUGACAAAGUUCAUCGGCGAUACUUGUUGACUAGAGGUAGAAUUGGUGAUCCUAACAUAAAAAAGUAGACUCAUAAGUUUAAAAAAUAAACUUAAAAGAUGCACUGAGGAGAUAUUCGUAGAGAUGGCGGUUCCCCGUAUAUUCUUAAUGUUAAAAGUAGUGUGUAGAAUUUCAACCCCGUCCAAAACUUGUAUGCUGGCUCCAACGGAUCUCUCGUAUCCACUGUGCCGAAUAGUUGUUAGACACAGUCUGAUGCGAUUAACUCCCUCUUUACUAAUGUCUGCUUGGUUAUACAUGUGCAAAUUUUUGUAAAUUAUGUAUACUCAAGUUUGCUUAGAUGAAAAAUCUUUGCGAAAAUCCUACUA